UAGUGUAUAAGGGGUGGAACUUCCAGUGUGUUUGAAACGUCAUAUGACCCUUAAAACACUUAAAACUACAAUGUACAACUACAUAAUUUGACCGAAUUUUCAAUAAACAUGUUUUGGAUGAUACACGAUCUAUUUGUUCCAUUUUAUAGGUGUGCAAUUGAACUAAAUAACCAGGGGACUUCCUUGACCUCCUUUUUCUCUUCGGCGACUGGGACCGGCUCGAUCGAGGCCUAGGAACCGGGAAGUGCGGGAUUGCUAUCAACGGAGUUAAUGAUUAACAAACUGUUUCGCGAAAAAAAGAGAAAAACAACCUCGAACAAUGGCGAUGUUAAAGCUCUCUCCUUUUAUUUUGCUUGUUUUCUACAAUGUCGCUGGUUGUAGUAGUGUGUACACCAACACAUGGGCUGUCAAAAUGCUUUGCUAUGAACCUUGUGUUAGGUUAGAGGGAUUGGCGCGCAAGCAUGGAUUCGAGAAUUUAAGCCAGGUAGUCUCCAACUACUACACCUUUGAUCACAAGCUGGUUCCGACCGGAUCAAAAUAUCCUAGCACGGAUGUUUCAACAGAACUCUUGGCAGAAGCUGAGAUACUUUGGGCAGAACAGCAAGUCUUGCAAAAUUACAAACUUUACUCCUCUCAUGGUGAAGUCAUCUUCAAUGAUCCUAAGUGGAAGGACCAGUGGUACAUGAUGAGGGAUAAUGGACCUACUUACAAUGUACUAGAUGUAUGGAAAAUGGGUUAUACUGGCAGAGGAGUUGUUGUUGGAGUUGUUGAUGAUGGACUACAAAAAGAUCACCCAGAAUUAAAAGAUAAUUAUGACCCAGAUGCUAGUUUUGACUUUCUAGAAAAUGAUGAAGAUCCAUCACCAAGUGGCAGUCAAAGCCAUGGUAUCAGAUGUGCUGGUAUUAUCUCAGCAGUGGCUAAUAAUUCUUUCUGUGGAGUUGGAAUAGCUUAUUCCGCCAACAUUGGGGGUGAGUGCAGAUUGUAUCCAAUAGUUAUUGAUUUUGUCAAUUCUAGCAACUUAUGAACUUAGAAAAGAAAGCAAUUACUUGGACAAUUUCUAAUGUAAGCACUGACUAAAUUUGGAAGCUGGUAUUGGUGUAGAAAGCUAAGUUGAGUUCAGAUCACUGAAUCUCUUAAGAAAUCAAGGAAAUCUAUUAAUAUGGGUGUUACUGAGGAGUGGAGGAUGAGACGAACUCUCAGUUUAUGACUUCAUUCUGAGAUAUGGUAUGGUAGUUCUAGCAGACCAUCUUGAAUGCUAGAUGUACAAGUUAAGAGGGAAUGUCCACUAACGUCCAAUGAGUGGCCUUGGUGAUGCAUGAUGAAAAAUCAGUUUCGCCUAGGGGUAGCCUAUGGCAGUCCUAGAAACAAAGUGAGCAUUUUUAAUGAAUUAUUUAUUUAAUUAAUUAACUACUGAAUGAAUGUGUCAUUAUUUUUAAAGGUGUUUCCUCACCUAAAAAGGGUAGAGUAAAGUCUCUGUCAGGCCAUGUGGGCCAUACCACGUUUUCUCAAAUAAUCUGCCAGAGUUUUAAAGGGGUGUCUCUAAAAUGAAGACCUCUAAAACGAAGACCCUAAGACCCUAAGACCCUAAGACCCUAAGACCCCAAAAACUCUAAAACGAAGACCCCCUAAUUUUCUAAGCAUUUUUUACCUUUUACCUGAAGUUUGGUUCCUUCUCUAUCUGGCCAAUUUUGUUCAUAUUGGUGUCGAUGUUUUAUCCACCAUCUUGAGCUGAGUAACCAAGCUCCCACACUUGGCCGGAAGUUAGGCUACCUACUGUUUUGCUUCCUUCUGUCA